GAUGGCCCUCGAGGACGUCAACAGCCGAAGGGACAUUCUGCCCGACUACGAGCUGCGCCGCGACCACCGCGGCAGCGAGUGUGAACCUGGUGUGGCAACCAAAUUUCUCUAUGAGCUCCUGUACAAUGACCCCAUCAAGAUCAUCCUUAUGCCUGGCUGCAGCAGUGUUUCCACCUUGGUGGCCGAGGCUGCACGCAUGUGGAAUCUCAUUGUGUUGUCCUAUGGCUCCAGCUCGCCAGCCCUUUCCAACCGCCAGCGUUUCCCCACUUUUUUCCGCACGCACCCAUCAGCCACACUGCACAAUCCCACCCGUGUGCAGCUCUUCAAGAAAUGGAGCUGGACUAAGAUUGCUACCAUACAACAGACCACAGAGGUGUUUACAUCGACUUUGGAUGAUCUGGAAGAGCGAGUCAAAGAGGCUGGCAUUGAAAUAACUUUUCGCCAGAGCUUCUUCUCUGAUCCUGCUGUGCCCGUCAAGAAUCUCAAGCGCCAGGAUGCUCGCAUCAUUGUUGGGCUGUUUUACGAGACCGAGGCACGAAAGGUUUUCUGCGAGGUAUAUAAGGAGCGUUUGUUUGGGAAGAAAUAUGUCUGGUUCCUGAUUGGCUGGUAUGCUGAUAACUGGUUCCGCAUCAAGGACGCGAACAUUAACUGCACCGAGGAAGAGAUGAGGGAGGCGGUGGAGGGACACAUCACCACAGAGAUUGUCAUGCUGAACCCAGAAAACACGCGCAGCAUCUCUAAUAUGACAUCACAGGAAUUCAUUGAGAAACUGACAAAGCGCGUAGAGAAAUCUCCAGAAGAGACUGGGGGUUUCCAAGAAGCUCCGUUGGCUUAUGAUGCCAUCUGGGCACUGGCUCUUGCAUUGAACAAGACCUCAGCUGAGCUGGUAAAGAAGGGGCUACGUCUUGAAGACUUCAAUUACAACAACCGGACCAUUACAGAUGAGAUCUACCGGGCACUCAACUCUUCAGCCUUUGAGGGAGUCUCGGGACAUGUGGUCUUUGAUGCCAGUGGCUCUCGGAUGGCUUGGACCCUCAUUGAGCAGCUUCAGGAUGGUGUCUAUAAGAAGAUUGGCUAUUAUGACAGCACCAAGGAUAACCUCUCCUGGUAUAACAAUGAGAAAUGGAUUGGUGGUGUCCCACCAGCUGACUAUACAAAGGUCAUCAUCACCUUCCGGUACCUCUCCCAGAAGCUCUUCAUUUCUGUUUCAGUGCUCUCAAGUCUGGGUAUCCUGCUGGCCAUCAUUUGCUUGGCCUUCAACAUCUACAAUGGGCAUGUCAGAUACAUCCAGAACUCUCAGCCCUAUCUCAACAAUAUGACAGCUGUGGGCUGUGCAUUGGCCCAAGCAGCUGUCUUCCCACUCGGGUUGGAUGGCCUUCACAUCAGCAGAGACCUCUUCCCUUUCGUUUGCCAGGCUCGGCUUUGGCUCCUGGGUUUGGGUUUUAGCUUGGGCUAUGGCAGCAUGUUCACCAAGAUCUGGUGGGUACAUACUGUCUUCACUAAGAAGGAAGAGAAGAAAGAACGACGGAAGACUCUGGAACCCUGGAAACUCUAUGCCACUGUUGGAUUACUGGUUGGGCUUGAUUUUGUCAUCCUGGCUAUUUGGCAAAUAGUUAACCCAUUGAAACGCACAACAGAGGAAUUUACCAAAGAGGAGCCUAAAAGUGACAUUGAUGUGCUGAUCCUACCCAAGCUGGAGCACUGCAGUUCCGAAAAGAUGAACACCUGGCUGGGUAUCUUCUAUGGCUUCAAGGGGCUGCUACUGCUUUUAGGCAUCUUCCUUGCCUAUGAGACAAAAGGAGUCUCCACAGAGAAGAUCAAUGACCACCGAGCUGUGGGCAUGGCAAUCUAUAACGUGGCUGUGCUAUGUCUUAUCACGGCCCCGGUCACCAUGAUCCUCAGCAGUCAACAGGAUGCUGCCUUUGCCUUUGCCUCACUUGCCAUUGUCUUCUCCUCUUACAUCACACUGGUUGUGCUCUUUGUGCCCAAGAUGCGGCGCCUCAUCACCCGGGGGGAAUGGCAGUCCGAGCAGCAGGACACCAUGAAGACUGGCUCCUCCACCAACAACAAUGAGGAGGAGAAAUCACGGAUGCUGGAGAAGGAGAACCGUGAACUGGAGAAGAUCAUUGCCGAGAAAGAAGAGCGUGUCUCAGAGCUCCAGCAGCAGCUGAAAGAGCGACAGGAACUGCGAUCCCGGCGGCGCUCCUCCAACUGUGCGGCUGACAACCAUUUCAACAACUCGGCUUCAGCUUCAGCAGCCACUGGCCCCAACCUGUACCAGCCCAGCCUGCCCCUAGUCCGUUGCCUGGUGGCUGAGCAGGCUGACAAGCUGGGACGCAACAACUGUGAUGGGAGCCGGGUCCACCUGCUCUACAAGUGAAGGACCUUGCAGACACCUGGGGAGGGGGAGAGUGGGGACCUGCCUGGGUAGCUGGGGAGUGGGCACCUGGUGGGUAGGGACUCUGUACAGCUGGCUGGGAAGGGGUUUUUUUUUCCAGAAGAAAGAAAGGAAAAGGAAUCAUAAUCCCUAGUCCUUGUAACAUAUCUUCAUGUCUGUCCACCUGCCUCCCCUGGAGCCUGGAAUCCAGGUGGAAACUCUGGAGACUUAUUUUAGAAGUAGGGAAUCCCAGGGAUACCCACAUCUACACUUUCCCCCAUACACACACAUCUCACUACUCUUCAAGUGUUACUACCUGGAAGGGGAGCAACUGGAAUGUGGCCGUUACAAGACAAAACUCUCCAUCUGUGUGUGUGUCUGCAUGCCAUGUAUGCUUGCAGGAAUGUGAGGGGGAGAGGAAAUACAGAGGGAAGGGAGCAUUGAAAACUUGUGCAGUUUUUGCUCCUGUGUAAACUUACCUAGAUACAGAUCCUGGUAGCUACAGCAUACAGGGAUACCAAUUUUGUGUCCAAUUGAGUUGUGAUGUGGCAAUUGUAUUGCAUUACUGAUAGUCAUACCAUAGUUCACAAGAUCUUAUUUACAAUACUUUUUUUUUUCCCUGUUUGCUGCAGCCUGAUAGUUUGCAAAAAUAGUCUUUGAAAGGGUCAGUUUAUUCCAAGCCAGUCUGUAGCACAGUCUUCCUGCAGCAGAUAGUUGAGUCUUCUAAGCAUUUUGGUAUGAAAGAAUUUGUUUCACGUAGCCCCAAAGAGUUCCAUACUGUUGGACUGGAAUGCAUUAUGUACAUUCGUUAUCGAAAGCAAUUAACUAGUUUCCCGGUCCGAUUCUGGCUGCCAGUACAAGUAACCACACACCACCACCACCUGGCUGGCUGUGCCUAUAACCAUAUGGUACAUCAUAACCAGGUCUCACUUUAACCUCUGCCAGCAUUCCUGUACAAUCAUGGGACAGUGUGCAGUCACAGCUGGGCCAUAUCUAUGUAAAGGUGAAGAGUGAUGCAAGGAUGGAGGUGAAGGUUUAGAGUUAAAGGGGAAAAUUGUAAAGGUGAAGAUGGAGCCCUUACUCAGACAUGUGGGACACUGCUAGAGACAGGAGAGGAAACAUACCAGGUGACUUCCUUGUCCAGAUGGUAAUUAAUCACAGGCUACACCUUGCAAAUCAUCUUGCAGUAGAGUUCUUAAGAAAGCAAGCACCGUUACUUGGAUAAUAAGAGGUGGGCAUUGCCAGAUGUGAGGUUAGCUUGGAGUUCUUUCUACAAAUAUUGGAGUUCUCAUUCAGCAACAACUGCUCUCGCUUGGAAGUGUGUCCUCCUUUUGAGAGUGGGUCAUGGAGAAUUUCUAGGCCAUGUUCAGCUGCUGCUAUUGCCUUCAUCUGGGCUCAUCUACACAAGGAAUGUAGGGGGCUGGAGCUACAGUGAAGUCAAGGAUUGGCUAGGUUGCUGAUGAACAUUAGGGAACUGAUGAACUUAUGCACCUCUGCUUGUAUAAUGCACACUUGUGCUAGGUCCUCCCCACACAUUUUCCAUUUGGAGCACUUUAUUGUCCCAGCAGAUACGGCAAGCAGUGGGUGCUGCCUAGGGGGUGAGGGAAGCCCAGAUGCCUGCCAGACUUUUCCCACCCAGUAUACAAUGUUCUUUAGUAAAAUUACACCAUAUGAAA